AUGUCCCAGCAUUUUCAGGUGGCGUCGAGCCCGGAAUCCACCAAAAAUCUAGCACAGAGUCCCAAUGAACGUGGGGAGGCAGAAUCCUCUCAGGAGUGUAUCUCCACCAAUCUUGUGUACCCAAGGUGGGAGGAAAAACAGUGUGUCCUUGAUUCAGAGAGCACAAUUUCCGAUCUGGAUCAUUCUAUCAAGGAGCAGCUUCAGGCAGAUGGUUGGAUACUGGAUCGACGUGGACAGGAAGCCUCAUUGAGCCCAUUUCCACCCGAUAUCGGCUCCGUGACCCUCGCACGUAGCUACAUUACCACCCUCGAAAACUGGCUCCUGAGUAAUGUGGAAGAUCCAGAGGAGAUCAUCCCAAUCGAUGGAGAUAUAGACCCAUAG